CCGAUAUCACUUCGUCUCGCACAGGCACCGGCUCUCGUUAGCGACUUGCUCAAGAAGUUUUCUCAAGCUUGUUCCUUGAAGAAAAAUGGAGUCUUCGAAGACGAUAGCCCAUGAAAUCGGGGGGAUCCAGAACGAUGCGCUUCGAUUCGGUCUUCAAGGCGUUAAGAGCGACCUCGUCGGAUCUCAUCCUGUCGAAUCCCUUUACGAAACUACAAGGAGAACAGACGAGGAGAUGAAGAGGAAAAUUCUUGUGAAUACAUAUGGAUCUGCUUUUCCACUGAAGAUGGAUUUGGACAGGCAAAUUCUUUCUCGAUUUCAGAGGCCUCCAGGAGCUAUUCCAUCUUCCAUGCUGGGUUUGGAGGCUCUUACAGGAAGCUUGGAUGACUUUGGCUUUGAAGAUUAUCUAAAUGACCCAAGAGAGAGUGAAUCUUUGAGGCCAUUGGACAUGCACCAUGGAAUGGAGGUCCGCCUUGGGCUGUCCAAAGGACCAGUUUGCCCAAGUUUCAUGUGAUCAAAUCCAUAGUUUCCCCAUGAUUUUAUUGACCUCUGUUUGUUUGUUCUAUGAGUUGAACCCCUUUAGCUUCUAAGUUCUGUGAUCUGUUUGUUAUCCCAACUUUUAUCUCAUUUCUUAUAAUCAGAUAUGUGGCUUAGUGAACUCUAUAUAUAGCUUUUGGCAUUGUGGCUGUUUUGUCA